GAUAAUCAAUCAAAAUCAAAUUUACCCAAAAAUAAGCCCAAGCCCGCGUUUACCCAUUUCUCUAUUCAAUUCUUUUUUUUUUUCUCUAUCUCUCUGUAUCUGAUUCAUCUUCUUCUUUCUCCAUUUCUGAGAAGGUGUGCUGGUCAUAUGCUCGCACCGAAUACACGUUCCCAUCAUUGCUUUCCUCCAAUCCCUCGUUUGACCAAUUUCUUAUAUUAUUUUUUCAUCUUCUUACGAAAAAAGCAUACCAUAAUCUCAUUGACCCACAUUCAAACACUUUCUUGACAACACCAACUUCUUAUUUUAUUUCCCUUCAUUCGCCCAGAAAUUAAUCGUUUUGAGACUGAAAUGGUAGACCCUUUUCGUUGAUUCCUUUGGAGAUACUAGAGAGGCCCAGAUUCACGGAAAAAGAAACAACGAUUCUCAAACCCUAGUUUUGUGGUCCUAAUAUCCGUAGAUAACGAGGUUUCUCUUGGAAUUUUGAGCUGAGAAGGCGGAUGUCAAAAGGGGGUUGAAACCCAGAUGCGAGAAAACUCCGUAAACCCUGAUCAGGGUCCUGAUUUUUCUUGAGGUUUCGAAUCUUGUGGUUGCUGUUUCAUGGAACCGCAAUUCUCGACCUUGGUUUUUGGGUUCUUGAUUUUCGUUUUCGUCCUUCGUGUCGAGUCAGGGACCCAAUUAGCAGGUGGAUCGAGUAACCCUCCACCGCCACUGCCUUUAGCUCCACCACCACCUCCGUCCCCACGCUCCUCUCCUCCUCCUCCUCCUGGGUCACCACCACCUCCUUCACCAUCACCCCCGCCUCCGUCUGUUCCUCCUCCCAGCUCUCCACCACCACCUGUACAAUCUCCUCCUCCUCCUUCUCCGCCUAAGUCACCACCACCUCCUGCAUCUCCGCAGCUGCCAUCCAAUAUCGAAUCGAAUAAAUCACCACCGCCACCGAUCAAUUCGCCUCAUAGACAUCCCUUUAGCCACAAGCGUAAACCACCACCCCCACCGCCGCCACACGAACACAAGAUCAAUGCAGGGAAGAAGAUCGGGUUGUUGUUCUCUGGAAUCGCCGCCAUUCUUCAGAUUGGGGUUAUAAGCUUCUUGGUAUUCAAGAGGCGACAGCUUUUAAAGGUCAAUGACAGAUACGAAGCUUGUUCAUGAAACUUGAUUUUUUUUUUUUGUGUUUAUUCUGUUUUUGUGUGUAUCAGAUUUCUCAUCAAUUCUUUAUAGUUGGGCCUAAUCUUGUUGUUGGGUUGAGAUUAUUCUUUGAAUGGAGAGCGUUAUUGUGGCGGAUGUGAUUGGAUUCCGAUUCUUUAACGAAGGGAAUGAGUGUUGUGAAUUAUCAAGCGACUGAUAUAUCAUUGGUGAUGUUGAAGCCUUCUUGUUCCUCGGGUUUGUUCUGUAAAUGGGUAAUUGUUAAUUGGCUUUUUCUUCAUCUAGUUUGUAUGUUGAUUUUCCUUUUCCCUUUGAUUCAUUAACUUACUUAGAAUACGUCCUACGAUCUGAAAUGAAGAGAAAAAAAAGAAAAGGUUUAUGCUUUCUUUUUUGUUUCUUCCUUGCUAACCUUUUUCUAGUUCGAGUUUGUAACAAUGUUAGAUAUCAUGGAAAGAAUUGCAAUUGAUUAAGCUUUUUUCGCAUUAUGUUC